GGAAAAGACCCGGGCUGCCCGACCCGAGGCCGAAGCCGGACCUCUGCGCCCACCGCCCAAGGGCUCGGCUAGCCUCGCUCCUCGGCCGGGCCCGGACGGGUUAUUGGCUGAGGGAGGCGCCCUCCGCAGCUUCCCGGGGCGAGGCUGGGGCGGCGUUCCCGGAGCCGCCUAAGAGGGACCGUCCGCUCCACCGCCGCCGCUGCUUUCCUCAGAGCCGAAAAGGCAGCGAGACUGAGCCGGGCCGGGCCGGGGCGGGGCGGGGCGGGGCGAGCGGCCUUCCUCUGCCGCGCGGGGCGGCGGAGCGGCUCACUUGGCCCGAGGAGGCGCCGCGCCCGGCCGUAGCGGAGGCUACGGGGAGCGGGCAGGCAAAGGCGGCGGGGGCGGCGGGCGAGAUGCUGCGCUACAGCUCGGGGCUGACGGUGACCCGCACCAAGCCGAGGCCGCCGCAGAGCAGGCGGAAGGCAAACAUCUGUCGGCUACGCUUAACUCUGCCUCCGGAAGAAAGCUGGCCGCCUUGGGGAGGGACAAAUACGGCUGAAAAGACCUCAAAGCAACUCUACCAAGCGCCUGGCGGAUUGUCUGCUGGGGACUUAAAGCACGGUGUUGUGUAUGGUGUAGUGCACCGGUCUGAUGACAACCACAACAAAGAAAUGGUGGUUUAUGGAUGGUCAGCUUACCAACUGAAAGAAGAAAUGAGAUAUAUACGAGAUGUGAGAUUAACAUUGGAAAGAGUAAGAAACAAAAUGUACGGAGAAUACGAUGAAAUGAAACGCAAAAUCCAGGCACUCUCAAGUGAACUGACGGUAUCACAUGCUGAGCAGGCAUCCCUAGAAAACCACAUCCAGGUGCACGCGGCAGCCCUGGAGAGCUUCCGUGAAAUGAGCAGUUCACUGACCUCGGCAUCCAUUGAGCUGCAGAAAACCUUAGUUGAUGUUACUUUGGAGAACACAGUUAUACGUGACCAGAUACAGAACUUGAAACAAACUCAUGAACACUCCAUGGAAAAACUGAAGGAAAAGCAGAAGCAACUGGAAACUGCCAAGGUGGAAAAUGAACUGCUCCGUCUCAAGGUGGAAGGCUCACAAGAAGCAAAUGCAGAAGUCAUGAGAGAGAUGACCAGGAAACUAUACAGUCAGUAUGAGGAAAAACUUCAAGAAGAAGAACAGAAACAUAAACUUGAGAAAGAAACUCUCCUUUUGGAAACAAAUCGUUUACUUAUGGCCAUUGAGGAUGCCAAUAAGAAGAUGAGACUUACAGAGACAAGUUUGCAGGAAAAAGAUCAACGAAUUGGAGAGCUGGAUCGACUCAUUCAGCGCAUGGAAAAUGAACGCCAUCAGUUGCAAAAGCAAUUAAUAGAGUAUGAAAUGCAACUACGAGGAGUGGAUCUUUACGACCAGUCCAGCCAACCAAGGUCUCUCAAGCUGCAGGAAAUUACUGACAGUCUCCGAGAACGAAUCCGGCACCUGGAUGACAUGGUUCUGUGUCAGCAGAAAAAAGUCAAGCACAUGGUUGAGGAGAUAGAGCUACAGAAGAGAAAGCUGAAACAAAAGGAGAUCUUUAUAUUACAACUUUUAGAGAAAAUCUCUUUUCUCGAGGGAGAGAACAAGGAGCUGCAGGACCGUUUGGAUUACCUGAGAGAGACCCAACCCAGGUCUGAGGUGGACACCAGAGAUAUCGGGAUUGAAUGUGACUUCCCUGCCAGCCCCAAAAACGAAAGCCAGCUGCCUCUCGAAGUGCUGAAGCCAGCCAGAACCUACCGUCCAUUCAUGCGGGUCCUGGAAUAUUCUUCCAAGCACCACCUUCUGGGCCCGGCAGACGCCUGCAAGUGCUGCUUUGCGCAGGGGAUCCUUCCAUACCUGCCUUUUCGCUGGAUCCAGGAAACUCUGCCCAGGUCUUACGUGCCAGUACAUGCCAGAUCUGACAUUUCUGCUUGUAAAGUUCCAGUGCAGAUGUUUAAAUGGCUGCAUUGUUUUAUAAACCCAGAUUUCCUAAGCAUUUAUCCCUUACAGUCUUUUAAAGGAAUGUCCUAUGUAUAGACACCUGAAUAAAGUUGUUGUUCUUUAUGUUGUUCCACUAUUUUUAGUAAGAUCACAUUAUUUUUAAGUGUUUCAUAUGCAUAGAAAAGUGAAAUAAAUGCUAUAUACUAA